UGUCCAGAUCACUUGUUGUUGUGGAGCCAUGGCCAUGAAGUGUACUGCAGUGUGCCUUAUGGCACUGUCCUUGCUUGGGAGCUUCUGCGAUGCUCAGUGGAGCGGCUACAAGCCCUCAAAACCUUACCAGAAGCCAGCAGUUCCGACAAGACAGGAGCCCAUCAAACAGAAUCCUCCACCCCAACAGUCAAAGCAGGAAUUUGAGAAACCACUCACCUGGGCAUAUCCUCAAGUUGCUCAGCCCGACCCCCAACCUGCCGUGCCUUUUGAGCUGAGAUAUCCUGUUCCUGCUGCAACAGUUGCAGUCCAGUGCAGAGAGAACAUCGUUCAUGUGGAAGUUAAGAAGGACAUGUUUGGGAUUGGCCAGUUCAUCAAUACCGCUGACCUCACUCUGGGAAGCUGUGUCGCUGUUGCAGAGGACAAUACUGCUCAAGUGUUGAUUUUUCAAUCUGAACUCCAUGAGUGUGGCGGCUCACUGGCAGUGUCAGGAGAUUUCCUCAUUUACACCUACACGAUGAACUAUAAUCCCCAAAAUAUAGGUGAUUCUCCUGUGGUGAGGACCAGCCAAGCUGCUGUAAUUGUGGAAUGCUACUACCCAAGGAAACACAAUGUGAGCAGCCUUCCCCUUGACCCCCUCUGGAUCCCAUUCUCUGCAGUUAAGGUGGCAGAGGAGUUCUUGUCCUUUACACUGACACUUAUGACAGAUGACUGGCAAUAUGAGAGGCCAAGCUACCAGUAUUUCCUGGGGGAUAUGAUUAAUAUUGAGGCAUCUGUCAAGCAAUUCUUCCAUGCUCCCCUUCGUGUUUAUGUGGACCACUGUGUAGCUACUCUUUCCCCUGAUGUGUCCUCCAACCCCAAAUAUGCUUUCAUUGAGAACAAUGGGUGUUUGGUUGAUGCCAGACUCACAGGCUCAGCCUCCAGGUUCAUGGGCCGCUUUCAAGAUGACAAGCUUCAGUUCCAGUUGGAGGCCUUCAGGUUCCAGGGUGUUGACAGUGGAAUGGUCUAUAUCACCUGCCAACUGAGAGCAACAUUAGCUGCGUAUCCCCUUGAUAGCCUCCAUAGAGCUUGUUCAUACAACAAUGGGUGGAAGGAGGCCAGUGGUGUUGAUACAGUCUGUGGCUCCUGUGAGUCUCCCUCAUUUGGCCCAGUCGGUGGCACAUCUGCUGCAAUUGCAAGUGGAGCAUCAACUAUUUUUGGAGGUGGUUUUGGCCCUGGUAGCAGCGGUGGGAGUGGCAUUGGCGGUGGCAGUGGCAUUGGCGGUGGCAGUGGCAUUGGCGGUGGUGGUGCCCAACCAGUUAUUCCCGCAAGAAAAAUGCGUGAUGUGUCCACAACUGAAGCUUUCGAAUGGGUAGGUGAUAUCGCCCUGGGAGUCUACAUUGGGGAGAGGGCUGCUUAACUCCAUUCCCUGCCACAGCAAUAUCCAUCAAAAUAAACAUUCUCAU